CGUCGCCCCCCUUUUUCUGGCAUUGCCGUGCGUCCACUUCAAGCCGAGGAGUGAGAAGGAUGCCUGCCGGGAGCACGGAGAGGUCAAGAGGACGCCGGCCGGCGCUGCCGCUGGUGGACCCGGGCCGAGCGCCCCGCCGGACCCUGAUGCCGCUGAUGAUGCUGAUGCUGGCAGGCUGGGGGGGCGUGGAGGCGUGCCCGGCGCCGUGCAGCUGCCUGGGGACGACGGUGGACUGCCACGGCCUCGGGAUCCAUGCUGUGCCCAAGAACAUCCCCAGAGGAACAGAGAGGCUGGAUCUGAACGGGAACAACCUGACCCUGGUCACCAAGUCAGACCUGUCCGGGCUGAAACACCUGAGAGUUCUUCACCUGAUGGACAAUCAGAUCAGGGAGGUGGAGCGAGGAGCUCUGGAUGAGCUGAAGGUUCUGGAGCGACUUCGCCUCAACAAGAAUCGACUCUCACAAAUCCCAGAACUUCUCUUUCAGAAGAAUGAAGCCUUGUCACGACUCGACCUGAGUGAGAACUGUAUCCAGGCCGUUCCCAGAAGAGCCUUCAGGGGAGCUGCAGACCUCAAAAACCUCCAGCUGGACAAGAACCACAUCAGCUGCAUCGAGGAGGGAGCGUUCCGAGCGCUGCGUUCACUGGAAGUACUGACGCUGAACAACAACAACAUCAGCAGCAUCCCCGUCUCCAGUUUCAACCACAUGCCCAAACUACGCACCUUUCGCCUCCACUCCAACUCCCUGCGCUGUGACUGCCACCUGGCCUGGUUGUCUCCAUGGUUACGCCAGCGUCCGGCCUUGGGUCUCUACACGCAGUGCAGCUCGCCGCCGGCCCUCAGGGGCCUCAACCUGGCCGAGCUGCGCAAGGGGGACCUGGCGUGUUCAGGUCACGGCGGCAGCGCCUUCGUGCAGCCGUGUAGCCUGGCGUCGGGCUCGUGUCCGCCCAUGUGCUCGUGCGCCAACAACAUCGUGGACUGCAGGGGGCGGGGCCUCACUGCCAUCCCCGCCCACCUCCCAGAGGCCAUGACAGAGAUUCGUCUGGAGCAGAACGGCAUCAAGUCGGUACCCCCGGGUGCCUUCACCUCCUACAAGAAGCUCCGGCGCAUAGACCUGAGCAACAACCAAAUAUCGGAGAUGGCUCCCGAUGCUUUUCACGGCCUCAGAGCUCUCAACUCGCUGGUCCUGUACGGCAACAAGAUAACGGAGCUUCCCGCCGGCGUGCUGGACGGCCUGACCUCUCUGGAGCUGCUCUUGUUGAACGCCAACAAGAUCCGCUGCGUCAGGGCGUCGGCCUUCAAAGACCUGGAGAACUUGGCGCUGCUGUCGCUCUACGACAACAAGAUCCAGAGCCUGGCCAAGGGAACCUUCAGCUCGCUGCACAGCAUCCAGACGCUCCACCUGGCCCAGAACCCCUUCGUGUGCGACUGCAACGUCAAGUGGCUCGCAGACUUCCUGCGCUCCAACCCCAUCGAGACCAGCGGGGCGCGCUGUGCCAGCCCUCGCCGCCUCGCCAACAAACGCAUCGCGCAGAUCAAAAGCAGCAAGUUCCGAUGCUCUGCCAAGGAGCAGUACUACAUCCCAGGUGCGGAGGACCGCCGCCUGAGCUCGGACUGCAACAGCAAGCCGGUGUGUCCCAACAAGUGUCGCUGCGAGGCCAACGUGGUGGACUGCUCCAACCUGAGACUCACCAAGUUCCCAGAACAUCUGCCCCCCUCCACAGAGGAAGUGCGUCUCAACAACAACGACCUCUCCGUGCUGGAGGCCACCGGCGCCUUCAAGGGCCUGUCGCAGCUCAGGAAAAUCAAUCUGAGCAACAACAAGAUCUCAGAGAUCGAGGACGGAGCGUUUGAUGGCGCCUCCUCGGCGACGGAGCUCCAUCUGACCGCCAAUCACCUGGAGUCCGUCCGGGGAAACAUGUUCCGUGGCAUGCAAGGACUCCGCAUGCUGAUGUUGAGGAACAACAAGAUCAGGUGUCUCCACAACGGCAGCUUCACAGGCCUGACCAACGUGCGUCUGUUGUCUCUCUACGACAACCAGCUGAGCGCCAUCUUGCCUGGGACCUUUGACACGCUGCCCAACCUCUCCACUCUGAACCUCUUGGCCAAUCCUUUCAACUGUGACUGUCGCCUCUCCUGGUUUGGGGCGUGGCUUCGGAGCCGGCGAAUCGUGACCGGCAAUCCUCGCUGCCAAGGCCCCGCCUUCCUGCGGGAGAUCCCUCUGCAGGACGUGGCCGUGCCAGACUUUCGCUGCCAAGACCUUGGUUCAGGUGUGGAGGACAGCAGCUGCUCCACAGGCCCACAGUGUCCCAGUGAGUGUUCCUGCAUGGACACUGUGGUGCGCUGCAGCAACAAGCACCUGCAGGCGCUGCCCAGAGGACUGCCGCGCAACCUCAGUGAACUCUACCUGGACGGGAACCAGCUGACCCGCGUGCCCAUGGAGCUCGCCACCUUCAGGAACCUGCAGCUUGUAGAUUUGAGCAACAACAAAAUCAGCUCGCUGGCCGACAACUCCUUCGCCAACAUGAGCCAGCUGACCACCUUGAUCCUGAGUUACAAUUCCUUACGUUGUAUUCCUCCUCUGGCGCUGAGUGGUCUGCGCUCUCUCAGGCUGCUAUCUCUCCAUGGCAACGACAUCUCAGAGCUGCAACAUGGCAUCUUCAGUGAUGUCACCUCCCUGUCUCACCUGGCCAUCGGCGCCAACCCUCUGUACUGCGACUGCCGCCUCCUCUGGCUGUCAGAGUGGCUGAAGAGCGGCUACAAGGAGCCUGGCAUCGCACGCUGCGCUGCUCCGCCCCUCAUGGAGGGCAAGCUGCUGCUCACCACGCCCCCCGACCACUUCCUGUGUGCGGGUCCCGUGGAGGACCGAGUCCAGGCCAAGUGCAGCCCGUGUGUGUCCUCACCAUGUCAGAACCUGGGACUGUGCCAGGACGGACACACGCAGCCGUACACCUGCACAUGUCAGGCCGGCUUCACGGGCGGACACUGUGAGAGCCCGCUGGACGCCUGCAUGAGUAACCCCUGCACCAACGCAGGAAGUUGCCUCGCUGACGAGCAGACCGCAGGCUUCAGCUGUGCGUGCGCGGCGGGCUUCCACGGCACCUUCUGCGAGGUCAACGUGGACGACUGUCAGGACCACGGCUGCGAGAGCGGCGCCACCUGCGUGGACGGAGUGGGCAACUACACCUGCCUGUGCCCGCCCAGCCGCGCAGGUCUGUUCUGCGAGGAGGACGAGGACGUGUGCGCGCCUGCGAGGAACCCCUGCCGCCAUCAGUCCACCUGCAUCGCCACGCCUACUGGACCCAGGUGCGUGUGUGUCCCGGGCUGGGUGGGGCCGGACUGCGGUAUCGACUACGAUGAGUGUGUGGACCACCGCUGUCAAAACGGCGCGCAGUGUGAGGACCGGCUGGACGGAUACGUGUGUGUGUGUCCUCGGGGAUACAGCGGGGACGUCUGCGAGAUAGCCCCGCCUCCUCCGUCGCCUUGCCAGCAGACGCGCUGCCAGAACGGCGCCCCCUGCCAGGAGAGGGCGGGCGCGGCGCUCUGCCAGUGUCUGCCGGGCUUCGAGGGCGCCAGCUGCGAGAAGCUGGUGGGCGUCAACUUCGUCAAGCGGGACUCGUACGUCCAACUGCAGGACGUGAAGAACUGGCCCCACGCCAACAUCACGCUGCAGGUGUCCACUGCAGAGGACAACGGCGUGUUGCUGUACAACGGGGACGACGAGCCCAUCGCCGUGGAGCUGCACCAAGGUCACGUCAGGGUCACCUACGAUCCCGGGAACCAGGCCGCUGCCGCCAUCUACAGCACGGAGACGGUCAAUGACGGCCGCUUCCACACUGUGGAGCUGCUGACCUUCAACCAAAUGGUCAACCUGUCGGUGGACGGCGGCCAGCCCACCACGCUGGACAGUCGGGGGCGGAGCCAGGCGGCCAUGGUAGAGGCCCCCCUCUAUGUGGGAGGUAUGCCGGAGGAGGUGAUUCCCGCCUCCCUGUCUCUGUCCUCGCCCAGCGCCAACGUGUCCAACGUGUCCAGCUUGCACGGAUGCAUCCGGAACCUUUACAUCAACCACGAGCUGCAGGACUUCACGCGCGGGCACAUGAAGGCGGGCGUGGUGCCAGGAUGUCAGGCCUGCAGGAAGCUCUUCUGUCUGCACGGCGUCUGCCAGCCCAACGCAGCGCAGGGACCUGAGUGCCUCUGCCAGUCUGGUUGGAGCGGGCCACACUGUGACCAGCCAAUCACAGGAGGCCACACUGGGGCAGUGGGCGUGGCCUCCACAGCAGCUGCUGUUGAGUGGUGGUGCAGAGGAGAGGUGGUGAGGGACUACCACCGCCUGCAGCACAACAACAUCCUCUGCCAGACCGCCAAACUUUUCUCCUGGAUGGAGUGCCAGGGCCGCUGCCAGGGGGGGGCGGGGCCAGGGGAGGAGGGGGCGGGGCCAGGGGCCACACCCUCUUGCUGCGCUCCUCUGAGGCUGCGACGCAGACGCAUCAACUUCCUGUGUGACGACGGCAGCUCCCUCACGCAGGAAGUGGAGAAACCUGUGGAGUGUGGCUGCAAGUUGUGUGUGUAGCACAACAACACACACACACACAGUUCAAACACACACAUAAACACACAGACAACAACACAUGUGCUAAUACACAUGCAAGUACACAAAAUUGGGACAAACACACUCACUUAAACGUAAAACACACACAAACAUACGCACACAUUAACACACAUUAACACGCACAUAUACAAAUGUUAAAACACACACAUGAACACACACGCAAACAUACGCACACAUUACCCACACACCCACAAAUUUUAAAACACACAAACAGACACACACAUUAACACACACACACACACACACAAACAUACACACACACGUUAAAAUGUUAAAACACACACAGACACACACAACACGCACGCACACGUUAACACACACACACAUUAAAACACUCACACAAACGUUAAAACACACACAUAAACACGCACAAACACACAAACAGGCGCACACGUUAAAACACACAAAUGUUAAAACACGCACACAAACACACACACACAAAUUUUAAAGCACACACUUAAACACACACAAACAUACACAAUCAUACACACACUUUAACACACACGCACAAAAACAGUUCAAACACACAUACGCACACAUUGACACACACACAAAAACACACACAAACGUUAAAACACAAGAACAUACAGACACACAAAUAUUAAAACAUACACACACGUUAACACACACACACAAACACAAAUGUUAAAACAGACGCACACGUUAACACACAAAUAAACACACACAAACAUACACCCACUUUAACACACGUGCACAAAAACUGUUCAAACACACACAUAAACACACACUUUAACACACGCGCACAAAAACAGUUUAAACACACACAAAAACACACACAUUAAUACACGCGCAAACACACGCGCAAACACACCCACAAACGUUAAAACACACACAUGAACAUAAACACACACAAAUGUUAAAACACACACACAAACAUACACACACAUUAACACACACAAACAGAUGCAAACAUUAACACACACACACACUAUUGUUAAAACACAGGCAUGAACAAACACACACAAAUGUUAAAACACACACACAAACACACGCACACAUUAACACACACACACACACAACCGUUAAAACACACACAUGAACAAACACACACAAAUGUUAAAACACUCACACAAACAUACGCACACAUUAACACACACACACAAACAAAUGCAAUCAUUAACACACACACAUACACAAACGUUAAAACACACACAUGAACAUAAACACACACAAAUGUUAAAACACACACACAAACAUACACACACAUUUAACACACAAACGGAUGCAAACAUUAACACACACACACAACCGUUAAAACACACGCAUGAACAAACACACACAAAUGUUAAAACACACACACAAACAUACACACACAUUAACACACACACACAACCGUUAAAACACAUGCAUGAACAAACACACACAAAUGUUAAAACAAACACACACAUUAACACACGCACACACACAACUGUUAAAACACACGCAUGAACAAACACACACAAAUGUUAAAACACACACAUUAACACACACACAAACAGAUGCAAACAUUAACACACACACACAACCGUUAAAACACACGCAUGAACAAACACACACAAAUGUUAAAACACACACACAAACAUACACACACAUUAACACACACACACAACCGUUAAAACACAUGCAUGAACAAACACACACAAAUGUUAAAACAAACACACACAUUAACACACGCACACACACAACUGUUAAAACACACGCAUGAACAAACACACACAAAUGUUAAAACACACACAUUAACACACACACAAACAGAUGCAAACAUUAACACACACAUGAACAUAAACACACACAAAUGUUAAAACACACACACAAACAUACACACACAUUAACACAUACAAACAGAUGCAAACAUUAACACACACACACACAACCGUUAAAACACACACAUGAACAAACACACACAAAUGUUAAAACACAUACACAAACAUACACACACACACACAAACAGAUGCAAACAUUAACACACACACACACAUGAACAUAAACACACACACACACCAAAAUGUUGUCCAAAGCAAGUCACCAAGUCAGUGAGAAAGAGGACUAGUCAGCUGCAGGGUCAAACAGUCACCAGGUGUACCUUCACUAGUUAAGAAAGAGGACUAGUCACUAGUUAAGACGUGUGAGGGACAUAAAAGUGUAAAAAGAAGCGUGACAAAGUUGGAAGACUGUCCUCUUCAUGUGUGUCCCAGUCCUCUUCUAGGGUUAUCAUCACACUCUUCUAGGGUCAUCAACACACUCUUCUAGGGUUAUCAUCACACUCCCUUCAGAAAAGCCAAAGAAAAAGCCAAAAGUUUCCUUUCAGACGCUUUGUUCCACUUUUGAGGCGGAGCUUUGACUUGUGCGUUCCACUUUGGAGGUUCCGCCGGCUGAAAACAAGAAAAA